GCGACAUCACUUCCCAAUAUUAUUCCCUGCUUUUGAGGAAGUGACAGUUAGAGAUUUGGUUCAGUAUCAUUAUGUUUUCACAAAAGAAGAAAGCGGUUUUGUUCAUGGAUUCGUGGAAAUGACGCCGCCACGAUGUUGUUCAUGUUGCUGUGCGUUCAAGCAGUCGUCCAAGUAGUGUCUCAGGAGAUGCUAUCACCACCACUACACGUUCAUGUUGAUAAGUGGCUGCUGACAUGGACACCGACUGAAGAAACAAAUGUCACCUACACUGUGCAGUACCUUAGCUUCAGAAACGGUGCGUGGAGCGAUGUGCCUGCGUGUGUCCAGACACCUUUCAAUUCCUGUAACGUGGCUUUCACUAAAGCUGAGAGUGAGCAUGGCUGUGUCUUGCUGCGUGUGCGAGCAGAGAGACAUGAGCUGAGUUCAACACCAGUCAAGGCCUGUAGCAGACAUGGUGACUCCUGCAGCCCGAAUGUCUCUCUGACGGCACGAUCUGGCUCCCUGACUGUAUAUCUGAGCAGCGACCACAGCAUGGCUCAUGAACACGGAGACCAUGUCAAACAUAGGGUUUACUAUGGCAAGGAAGGAGAGUCCCUGCAGAAAUACAAGGAUGCUAUUUCUUCAGUGACCAUUUCUAACCUGGAAGAGGGACAGCGAUACUGUACGAAGGUGCAGUAUGUGUACUUUGGUAAACCUGUGGGACUGGAAAGUUGCACCCAGUGUGAGGUCAUCCCCAAGUCCAUGGUCAUUGCUGAUGAACACAAGCCAAAACAAACAGUGGUAAUAAUCAUAGUGUUGGUGGUUUUAUUCCUGGCCUGUCUGAUAUCUGUGAUUGCAUACGUCCUCAUCAUCCAUCCUGGGAGAAUCAAGCGGUGGCUGCGGCCUCCAUGCAAGAUCCCUGACCAUUUUUUCUUCAAGCCAUUUGCUGAGCAUCACGUUCUCAGGAGGAGCAGCACCAUUGAGGAGGAUCACUUUGAUGCCAUUUCAGUCGUUGAAUGAAAGCAGCUGCAUGGUAUGAGACUUGCAGUUGAUGAACCUGUUUGAGAAAAAGAGACUACAACCUGCUGAUCUGACUCCUCUACGUUUACAUCUCCUCCUCUUCUUCCUGAAGCCGCACUCUGCAGGGACGACUGAGUUAAGCUUGAUGACGAUGGAUGGCAGCAUAUUUGCACCUUUUUUCAUAGAUAUAUUUGUACAUUUCCUGAAUCAGAAACUGUCAAAUCCAAGCAGAGACAGCGGUCACUCACAGUCACCGUGGUCUCUUUUUACUUCACUUUCUUUCUUGGGAGUGAAGUAUUGUUUUUGGUGGCUCUGUGUGUGUGUGUGUGCGUGCGUGCAUGCAUGUCGCACUUGCCAACAUGACCACCAGAGGGCACCAGAGGCUUGUUGCAGGAAUGGGGUGAAGUCUGCCAUCUCUGAUUGUCUUGAUAUGAAUUUUCUACAAUUUUAACUUCAAAGCUGAUAAGAAAAAUCUGAAUCUACAGUAAAAAGCAUUUAAUUUCUAUAAUGUAUAACUUUUUUUUUUUUUUUCAAUUUUCUUUUUUACACCAGUCACAACAUACUGUAAAUUGUUGACCUGUAGCUUCUAACUCACAUAGUAUUAAGUAGUUAUGGUUUAGUGUAAAGAAGCAAACUCUUACAGUCCAACAUGAAACAUCAUUAGAGCAGAAUGAAACCUCUUUAAUAUAUCGACAGAAUUUGAUGACCCACAUGUUUUAAGACUAUCAGCCAAGGAGCUUGUGUUUUCAUUCCUAUUUUCUCUGAAAUCUUUGAAAAUAGUGGAGGUGGAUCAAUGGGUGGAUGCAGGGAAUUGUUUUUUUUUUUUACUCUUUGACAUGGUGAGAUACUGUAGCCCAAUAGCUUUGGUGGUGGUAUGAACUCUUUGAGCACCUUUCUAAUUGUAAUCUGUAAUCUGGGAAAAACACUAUAUGGGUGAAGAAAUUAUCUUUGUCUGACUCUCAUCCCGUCACAUACUCAUUAUGUGAUCAGUCAGUCAGUCAUCAUCUACCGCUUUCUCCUCCACCAGAGGGUCGCGGGGGGUGCUGUGCCAAUCUCAGCUACAUCGGGCGAUAGGCGGGGUACACCCUGGACAGUCCGCCAGUCCAUCGCAGGGCCACACACAGAUAGAGACAAACAACCAUUCACUCUCACACUCACUCCUAUGGUUAAUUUAAAGUGUCCAAUUUCCCUAAUCCCCACAUUGCAUGUUUUUGGACUGUGGGAGGAAGCCGGAGAACCCGGAGAGAACCCACGCACACACGUGGAGAACAUGCAAACUCCAAGCAGAAAGGCCCUUGUUCCAACCGGGGCUCGAACCCUGGUCUUCUCACUGCAAGGCGAGAGUGCUAACCACUA